AAUUACUUUUGCUGUGCUCUGGUUGAGGCUCAGCUUUCUAGCUCCGUCUCUAUUUGUCAGGCGUGUGCACGCAAGUAGUCGUAGUGGGGGCGCGCUCUUCUAUGGAAUAAAUUGAGCGGCUCCCCUUGACCGAGAAAGCAUCCGCCAAAUAGAGAGCGAGGAAUAAGAUGCUUAUCCUAAUACUUUGAGGAAAUUUUCCAGAGGUGAGUGGAUCGAGUCCAGGAGCGCCAGGCACACUUUUGGGGACGGACAGGGGGGUACAACAAAAAAAAUGGCAAAAAUCCAUCUUUCAGCGUUCAUCUUCUUGUGCAUGAUCCAUGCCGCCAUCCCUCAACUGACUCCUCGUGGACCAAGGCCAGUACCCGUGCCCAAAGACAAACCAGACGAGACUCUUCCAAAACCAGAAGGUUGUGAGACCAGGAUGGUCAACUGCCCUAUCAAGGUGUUCUUCACGAUUGACACCUCUGAGACCAUUGCCCUCCAGGAGUCCCCGCCUGGAAUAUUGGUGGAAAACAUCAAGGAGUUCACCCGGGUUUUUGCCCACAAGCUGGUGGAUGAAGAGUACCGAGAUCUGGUCCAUAUCACCUGGUCCAUCGGAGGCCUGCACUUCUCGCAGAACCAGGUGGUCUUCAGCCACUUUGCAAACAGGGAGAACUUCAUCAGGAGUCUCAGCGGGAUUCGAUACCUGGGCAAAGGCACCUACAUCGACUGUGCCCUCAAAAACAUGACGCACCAAAUGACUCAACACUACUCGGGAACGAAGGCAGUCCACUUCUCCGUGGUUAUCACCGACGGCCAUGUGACAGGAAGUCCGUGCGGCGGGAUAAAGGCAACGGCGGAGAGGGCCCGUGAGCAGGGGAUUCGUAUUUUCUCAGUGGCGGCGUCCAGGUCCAUCGAUGAAAUGGGAAUGAGGGAGAUCGCCAGCUCGCCUGCUGAAGUUUACCGCAACGACUAUCUGGCCGUGGAAAUUGUUAAUGGCAGACCAAAAAUAAAAGGAGAGUCCAUUGAUCGUAUCAUACAAGCCAUGAAAUAUCAAGCCUUUAUGGAGUGCUACCAACAGCAAUGCUUUGAGACUCCAGGAAUUCCUGGACCGAGAGGGCCUCGAGGGCCAAAGGGUACAAAAGGAGACAGUGGUUAUCGUGGACCAAAAGGUGAAAAGGGAGGACAGGGUGAUCCUGGCAUUGAGGGUCCAAUUGGACGUCCUGGACCAAAGGGAGAAGUCGGGUUGAAGGGCGGCAAGGGUGACAGAGGAGCAAGUGGAGCAAAGGGUUUGAUUGGAGUACCUGGCCAGAAUGGAACCGAUGGACAGAAGGGUAAAAUUGGCCGUAUUGGAGCUCCUGGCUGCAAAGGGGAACCAGGGGACAAAGGACAUGACGGCUACCCAGGAGACGUCGGUGAGGUUGGUCCAUCAGGCAAAAAAGGAGAAAAGGGAGACCUUGGCCUUCACGGCAAGUCAGGUGCUGUUGGCCCUGAGGGCGAACGAGGAGCUAAGGGUGAAAGAGGAAAUCCAGGAAAUCCAGGACCCCCGGGAGAUAAGGGACCAGCGGGACUGCGUGGCUUACCUGGACCAAGAGGCGAACUGGGAAGAAGAGGACAUGGAGGGCCAAAGGGAGGUCAAGGAUCUAUUGGAAAAAAGGGAGAAAAGGGAGAACGAGGGCCACAGGGAAGCCGGGGACGACCAGGGGAGGACGGAUUUAAGGGAGGAAAGGGUGAUCCUGGCCUCCCAGGUCCGAGGGGCCAGGCAGGAGAACCAGGAGUUCCUGGAGCAAAUGGAACCUUAGGAAAUCCAGGAGAUCCUGGACCGAGAGGAGACUCGGGCCCCCAAGGACCACAAGGUGAUAAAGGAAGACAAGGAUUCAGCUACCCUGGACCAAGAGGACCAACUGGUGACCGAGGUGAUCCUGGAAGAAAAGGACUUAGGGGUGCUCGAGGUGAAUGUGGAGCCAAGGGAGAGCCGGGAGACAAAGGUCCACGCGGGGAGUCUGGGGAGCCAGGUCAUGGGGGCGAGCCUGGAGCCAGGGGAAUAAGAGGGGACCCCGGGCCUGAUGGUCAUCUUGGACCAAUGGGCGAUCCUGCACUUACAGAUUGUGAUGUCAUGACUUACAUCAGGGAAACUUGCGGUUGUUGUGACUGUGAGAAGCGUUGCGGUGCCCUGGACAUCGUAUUUGUCAUUGACAGCUCCGAGAGUGUCGGGCUGGUUAACUUCACCUUGGAAAAGAACUUUGUAAUCAACACCAUUAAUCGUCUGGGAUCUAUGGCCAACAACCCUGCAUCUCCGACCGGAACAAGAGUUGGAGUUGUUCAGUACAGCCACAAUGGGACCUUUGAAGCCAUCCGUCUCGACGACCCCGACAUUAACUCCAUGUCUGCUUUUAAAACGGCAGUGAAGAACCUUCAGUGGAUCGCUGGGGGCACCUUCACCCCUUCGGCCCUCAAGUUUGCUUAUGACCACCUCAUCAGGGACAGCAAGAGAAUCCGGGCCAAAGUGUCCGUGGUGGUGAUCACAGAUGGGCGCUUCGACCCGCGCGACGAUGAGGAUCUUCUCAAGUACCUCUGUCACGACAGCAGCGUAGAGGUGAACGCCAUUGGGGUCGGAGACAUGUUUCAAAAAGCACAGGACGAUGAGAUCCUGGGAUCUAUAGCGUGUGACCAAAAGGAUCGGGUCACUGGUAUGAAGAGUUUUGUUGACUUGGUGACAGAGGACUUCAUAGACAAAAUGGAGACUGUGCUGUGUCCUGAUCCAGUUGUUGUGUGCCCUGAUCUCCCUUGCAAGAGCGAGCCUGAUGUGGCCCCGUGUGCCCAGCGUCCAGUGGAUGUGGUAUUCCUGCUGGAUGGCUCAGAGCGCCUCGGGGUGGACAACUUCCGCCACGUACGUGAAUUAUUACAAACGGUGGCAAACAAACUAGUACUGGCUCGGAGUAAAACAGAUCGCCGGCGAGCUCGCUUGGCUCUAAUGCAAUAUGGCAAGGACGGGGAGAACUACGUGGCUUUUCCUCUCACGCAUGAUCCCGUCCUCGUCUCUGACGGCGUGGCUCGUCUGCGCUAUCUGGACUCUUCGUCGAGCGUGGGGCCAGCCAUCACCCACGCUAUCGACAGAGUACUUGGCAAGGGAACGACUCGCCAGACGAGACGCCUCGCCGAGAUCGCGUUCGUUUUCAUCACAGACGGCGUCACAGACAGGAAAAAACUGGAUGAAGCGGUGUACGCUAUGCGUAAGGAACAGGUCGUCCCCACAGUAAUAGCCGUGGGAAGCGACGUGGAUCAAGAAGUGUUAACGAAGCUGGCCAUGGGAGACGAGAACGCCAUAUUCAAGGCGAAACACUGGUCGCAGUGGCCAGGCUUGCUUGACCAAUUGAUUCAGUGGAUAUGUUAAAGAGAAACUACACCAAAGACAAGAGCCUGGUUUUGGUGCUACUACUGUUAAUUAACCUGGCCUUCACAAAUACCACAUCUCCUGAUGCUCUGUACAGUCUAUAUUUGUAGCAACCUCAAGUACUAUGACAUUGCACACAAUAAAUCACGUUUAAAAUAAUAAA